CGGCAAGGGCCCAUUGGAUCUUAUUUUUCCCUUCAUUCGUCUCCCUUCUCAAGUACUCAAGUGCUGCUGGGCUGCUGUCGGUCAGGAUGAUGCCUCUCAGACCGUCAAAGACCGCUCUGCGCGCCCUUCACCUCCAGAGGCAGCUUGCCUCUGGUCGUCGGCCUUUCUCGACCUCCUUCGUGGCUUCGGCUGCUUCGACCCACCGCUCUUCUCCUCAGAAGCGUGCUCAGAGCACCGCCACGGCGACUUCUAACUCCAGGCCCGUCCCAAGCCCUGCUUUCAACCAAGAACCUCACCGCAAUGAAAUCUCGCCUCUGCAGAACCGCCAGCUCCCCGAGCUCGAUGAAUCGAUGGUUGGCAUGAGUGGUGGUGAAAUCUUCCACGAGAUGAUGCUUCGCCUCGACGUGAAGCAGAUCUUUGGUUACCCCGGUGGUGCCAUUCUUCCCGUGUUCGAUGCCAUCUACAACUCAAAACACUUCGACUUCGUCCUCCCCAAGCACGAACAGGGUGCUGGCCAUAUGGCCCAGGGUUAUGCUCGUGCAUCUGGCAAGCCUGGUGUCGUUCUCGUCACCUCUGGUCCUGGUGCAACCAACGUCGUUACCCCUAUGCAGGAUGCCCUGUCUGACGGUACCCCCAUGGUCGUCUUCUGUGGUCAGGUGCCCACCAGUGCCAUCGGUACCGACUCCUUCCAAGAAGCCGAUGUGAUCGGUAUCUCUCGUGCCUGCACCAAGUGGAACGUGAUGGUCAAGUCCGUUGGUGAGCUGCCUCGCCGCAUCCAGGAGGCCUUCGAGAUCGCCACUAGCGGUCGUCCCGGUCCUGUUCUUGUCGAUCUGCCCAAGGAUGUUACCGCUGGCAUCCUCCGCAACCCCAUUCCCAUGCACAGCACCAUUCCCUCUCUCCCCAGUGCCGCCACCGUUGCUGCUCGCGAGCUGCGCCAGAAGCAGCUCGAGAGCACCAUCAGCCGUGUAGCUCGCCUCGUCAACAUGGCUGAGAAGCCCAUUCUCUACGUUGGUCAGGGUCUUCUUGCCCGCCCCGAUGGUCCUGAGAUUCUCAAGGAGUUCGCCGAGAAGGCCAACAUCCCUGUCACCACCACCCUCCAGGGUCUGGGUGGCUUUGACGAGCUGGACCCCAAGGCUCUGCACAUGCUCGGUAUGCAUGGUUCCGCCUACGCCAACAUGGCUAUGCAGGAGGCCGAUCUGAUCAUCGCUGUCGGUGCUCGUUUCGACGACCGUGUCACUGUUCGCCCCCAGGCCAAGGCUGCUGCUGCGGAGGGCCGUGGUGGUAUCGUCCACUUCGAGAUCAUGCCCAAGAACAUCAACAAGGUUGUUCAGGCCACCGAGGCUGUUGAGGGUGACUGCGCCGACAACCUCCGUCUGCUCCUGCCCCACGUCAAGGCCGUUCCUGAGCGCCCCGAGUGGUUCGCCCAGAUUAACGACUGGAAGGCCCGCUUCCCUCUGUCCCUCUACGAGCGUCAGACUGAGGAGGGUACUAUCAAGCCCCAGGCUGUCAUUGAGAAGCUUAGCGAUCUCACCGCCCACAUGAAGGACAAGACCAUCAUCACCACCGGUGUCGGCCAGCACCAGAUGUGGGCUGCCCAGCACUUCCGCUGGCGCCACCCUCGUACCAUGAUCACCUCCGGUGGUCUUGGUACCAUGGGUUACGGUCUUCCCUCGGCCAUUGGUGCCAAGGUUGCCCGUCCCGACUGCCUGGUCGUCGAUAUUGAUGGCGACGCUUCCUUCAACAUGACCCUGACUGAGCUUUCCACUGCUGCUCAGUUCAACAUCGGUGUCAAGGUUCUCCUGCUGAACAACGAGGAGCAGGGUAUGGUCACUCAAUGGCAAAAUCUGUUCUACGAGGACCGUUACUCGCACACUCACCAGCAGAACCCCGACUUCGUUCUUCUUGCCCGCUCCAUGCGCGUCGCUGCUGAGCGUGUCUCCAAGACCUCUGAUCUCGAGGCCAAGCUGAAAUGGCUGAUUGAGCAGCCCGGCCCGGCCCUUCUGGAGGUCAUCACUGCCCGCAAGGUCCCUGUCCUCCCCAUGGUGCCUUCCGGCCGUGGUCUCCACGAGUUCCUGGUUUACGAUGAAGCCAAGGAAGUCGAGCGCAAGGCCAUGAUGAAGAAGCGCAAUGCCCCCACCGAAGUCAACAUGCGCGAUUAAUUGCGCUAUACGAGUGGCUGGACGGUAUCCUAGUCACACAUGAAGCCCAUCCAUCUUGACCGUCAUUUAUUUUUACCGUUGAUAUCCAUGGCGUUUUCCUGGCGGGUCCACCAAAAGCGAUUGGGAAAAAUCAAUCAGUUGGACUCGACAAUCUCCCUAGCACCAAAAACUAUCGCCUUCCCCUCCACCCCUUCAGGCCGAUAUGGCAAACUUCAGUUCGGUAGCCAUGUAAAAUGGUUGCCAACUGUUUGAUGGGGACAUGAAGUUCCCUUUUCCGAUGACACGUAUUGUGGUUAUUUCGUCUCAUUUUGGGGUUUCUCUUUUCGUCCACCUAUGCGGCCAUUUCCUUUUCCUUCGCCCUGUGUGUAUAUAAUGUUCAUGUGUUUUUUUGAGCCCUAGGUCGUGAUGGGGAACGUGUCAUUUCCGAUGCUAUGUUAUUGGAGCAAGUAGUCACUGAAGACAUUUCAAGUUUUUACGCCAAUUAUUUCUUCAAUUUUGUCUUGCCAGUCUUUUGCUAGCUUGGCGGCGCUGACUUUUUUUAUGAAAUUGGUAGAAGCAUGAAGUCAAACUCGGUUACGCUAAUCAUGCUUUGAGGUGUAGUUGUCCUUGAGGUCCGAUUUACGGAGGAUCAUCGCAUAAGACCACCAUAUUGGGACAAGGUCUCAUGCAAGAUAGGGAAUAGCGUGCGGGGUCGGCUAUGAAGAGAUGCAGGUUGGAGGCCUAUGCUAAAUAGACUCCAUGCCUGAUGUAUGUAAGAAGUGC